CAGUAUGUACGAGGCCUUCGCUUUACCCAUUCAUAGUUCGCUCACACUGGCCGACUGAGCCUGCCAUAUUUAGCUCGGGUAACAAUACAAUAAUAAACAAAAAUAAGUAAAUUAAAUACACAAUAAUAAUUUAAUAAUAAAAAAAUAAAUAAAAAAGUUAGAUUAAAUGCUCGCGUUUAAAGAUAAAAUGCUAUUUACUAAAAGUUGAAUGUGUUAGUGAUUUAUUAUUUAACAAGUUUUAAAGAAAAACCAACCAUGCCCGAAAAGUCCGUGGUGUUUGGCACGAACGAAAAAUGGCGGAUCAACCGAAACAUCUUCGUGCUUGGCUUCGCGUUCAUGAUCCAUUUCACGGCGUUCCACGGCGCUGCCAACCUGCAGAGCUCGGUGAACACUGACGCUGGUGCUGGUGCCUUCACAUUAGCUGCUAUAUACUUCUCCCUUAUAUUGUCCAAUAUUUUGUUACCGGCUAUAGUUAUUAAAUGGCUAGGUUGCAAAUGGACAAUGGCAUGGUCGUUCAUUACUUACAUGCCAUUUAUAGCGGCUCAAUUCUACCCGAAAUUGUACACCUUGGUCCCAGCCGGCAUGAUGGUGGGUUUUGGUGGGGGGCCUCUUUGGUGUGCUAAAUGCACCUAUUUAUCUGUGGUCGCAGAGCCAUACGCAAAGUUGUCCGGCGUACCUGCCGACAUUUUGGUGGUGCGAUUUUUUGGCCUCUUCUUUAUGUUCUACCAAAUGGCGCAGAUCUGGGGCAAUCUCAUAUCUUCCAGCAUUCUAAAAUCCUCGCUCGGUGAGGACACAGUAUCGCUGAACGAGACGUGGACGACUUUGAUUGGUGACGUCACUAAUAGUACAGUGCGCCCACCAGCUCUGAACUUGGGUUCUUGUGGAGUCAACUUCUGCAGUGGAAGCACUUCGGAGGAAAACACAAACCUGGUGCCACCAUCCGAGACGAAGAUCCACGUAAUAGCGGGAGUAUACCUCGCGUGCAUGGCCGCCGCCAUGUUACUAGUAAUCGUUGGUGUCGACUCGCUUACCAGAUACACAUCGGGUCGUAAGAUAAGUAACGAAGGCAAGUCGGGUGUGCGCCUGCUGGCGGUGACGCUGCGCCAGCUGCGGCACAAGUACCAGCUGUUGCUGCUGCCUGUCAUCGGCUACAUCGGCGCUGAGCAGGCGUUCAUGGCGGCUGACUUCACACAGGCAUUCGUGGGUUGUGCAUACGGCAUCAGCAAUAUUGGAUACGUGAUGAUAGCAUUUGGUGUGUUCAACGCGCUGGCGGCGCCCCUCGCCGGCGGGAUGGUGAAGCUCACCGGGCGGUAUCCGGUCAUGGUCACCGCGUUGAUCCUGAACUUGUGCCUGCUGUCGGCGCUGCUGCGGUGGCGGCCCGACCCCGACCAGUGGUUCGUGUUCUACCUGCUGGCGUCGGUGUGGGGCGCCGCUGACGCUGUGUGGCUGGUGCAAGUCAAUGCUCUAUCUGGUAUCCUGUUCCCUGGUAAUGAAGAGGCGGCUUACUCGAACUUCAGGUUAUGGGAGUCGACGGGCAGCGUGCUUUCAUAUGCGACCGCGCCUUAUCUCUGUGUCCGAACCAGGUUAUAUAUCCUAUUGGGGUUGCUUAUAUUCGGUUUCUCCGGGUACACCACAAUAGAACUGAUGGAGUACAGAGUGAAGAAAGCCCACCAUCGGGAGAGGAACUUCGACCUUGUGGGGAAAAGUGAUUCCUAGUACCAAUAUGCCGUUAGUGUUUUAUAAAUGUACAAAUAUAAUAAUUUUUGAGUUAAACUAUUUUUAAUAGAAAUUCUGCUGCAUGUUGUUCUUAAUAUUAAUCACUAGACACUAAUCUGGCCAAUUAUAUCAUUAUAUCAGUCUUUAAACAUCCACUGCUGUACAUAAGCCUCCCCUUUGGAGAGUUUUGCCAAUAGUUGCCACGCUUGCUAUACAUAGUUAACAGAGCAAUGAUCCCAGAUAAGGUAAUUUUGUUGAUGGUUUCCAUUGUGGAGAACAUAAUAUUUGACAAACUUAAGUUUAAUCAGUAUAAUUUAUUAUUUUCGGUAGUACGUCGUCAAAUAGUCAUAAUGUAUUUUUUUUUUAAAUUGGGCAGUUUUAAAAUUGAUAGUUUAUUUAAUAUGGUAUUAACACAUAUAAAAAAUACACUGGUAAACACUUAUAUUAGCUAUUACCCGCGACUUCGUCCGUAUGACUAGAAUAUGUCCACUGAUCGGGAAAAUUAGUAGCCUCUGUUCUUACUAAUUUUUUUUUAUGGUUUGUGGUACAGUAUUAGAUUAGAUUAGAUUAGAUUUUUUUAUUUGCGAGAACAUUGUUUUUUACAGAUAUUGAUCUAUUAGGUGAAGUACAAAUGUUCGCCUUAUAUUCUAAAGCAUGCAAAAUUAUUAAUAGGUACAAGAUACAUCACAUUUAAUACAUACAUAUAUGUGCUAAUUAAUAAUAGAGUACAAAUUAUGUCAUUCUGUAAAUAAUUCUAUUAAGGCAUUUAAGGCAUCCCGUCCUCGCUAUUGGAUACGGGUGACGGAAUGCCUAUACAAGAGGGUACAUGGUGAACGCAGUUUAGACGCAAUAUUUGAGGAGCAUUAGGAAGGUACUACGGCCGGAUACUGCAACAAAAAAAAGAGUAUGUGGUCGGCCCCCGAACUGGCGACUUCUGCUGUAGAAAAAGCUUAUAUUAAGCUUAAAGUUAACUUUUAUACUAAAUUUCACGACAACUGGUUGAGCUGUUAAAGCAUUAAAAGGUAAUAAACAGUCAAAUUUUCAUACAUUUUUUCAUUUCACUGAAAUAGGUUAAAUUUAGGUAUUUAAAUUUGUGUUCAAAUAUAUUUAGUUCUAGAACUUCAGUUCUUCACUUCAGAAUUUUAGAAUGAGGUUCCAUCUGUCUACUUCGUAGAAAAUUGUAGGUAGAUUCUUCAUCAUAUCAGCCAGUAACUGUCCACUGCUGAACAUAAGUUUCCUCCAUAUCUAAGGAGAGUUUUGUCAGUACUUGCUACGCUUGGCAGGCAGGUUGGCAAGUAACAGGCACUAUAUCUAUGAUUCUGUAAGAGAUUUGACGUGAAGAUAGAACAUUUUGGAGAUACUAUUUUAUUAUCUUAAGAUUCGUUGACAGUAAUUGUAGUAUAAAACACAUACGCAUACACACACACAAAGACAUUUUUUUUCCAAUAUUAACUUAAUUGUUCUUUUUUUAUCUCCUACUAUUAAUUAUUGUUUUUUAUUUUUAUUUUUGGAUUGUGUAAUUUCAGCGGAAUGCAUUUUGUUUAAUUAUUUAAACACAUAUCGGUUGGGGGCCUGGUGAUCUGCACUACAGGUCUUAACCUAUUACAGACACUAGACCACUAUACCUCAUAGCAGAGUUCCAUAUUAUUUUAAUUUUAUUUUAUCCUAAAUACCUAUGUGUAAAUUUAAGUUGUUUGUCAGGAGACAUAAAUAAAUAUAUUAUUAUUAUUAUAAAAAUUAGAUAAUUUCCCAAAACUAACAUAGACUUUGAUUUCAUGUUUUCUUAAGAAUUAUAUAAUUUUUUUUCAAAACAAUGUAAUAAUAUUAUAAUUUACGGCUGCAACUAGAACUUAAUGGUUACUUUUUAAGGUUUGAAAUAUUUUAAUUUGUAUAAAUUUGUUACGAGACA